UUCUUUUUCUGUCAUCUUUCAAAACAUAGUGAUCCUCGUUUCAACAAUGUGGAAAUAAAGAUAAAUUCUAAGUGAUUUAUUCAAUACCCAGGAUAUUCAUCAGAAUAACAUAUUAAUCAAAAUGUCUUCACGCCGAUAUGAUGAUUACGAUCAGUACUGUGAUCCGGAGAACCCAAGAAAAAUAAAUUUUGAGGACAUCGUUCAGGCAACCGAAGCCAGUAGGCCUUUUAUUCCUGUCACACCGUGUUACCUUUCUCAGACACGAAAUGAUUUUGCAAUCAAUUUUUACUACAAGCUCGAAACGGUCCAUAAAACGGGAAGUUUUAAGGAAAGGGGUGCACUAAAUGCAUUACAAAGAUUGCCACGGGACAAAACAAAAAUCGGCGUUGUAUUGGCUUCGCUGGGUAACCAAGCGAUUGGGCUGUGCCACUGCGCGCGGGUACUGGGAAUACCCGUGGUGGUUGUGAUGCCAGACAACGUACCCCUCAUAAAGCUGCAGAUGUGCAAAAACUUGGGCGCCAAAGUGAUAGUGGAGGGCAAAGACCUACAGGAAUCACAAAAACAUGCACGCUUUAUUGCACGAGAUAAGGGGCUUUCAUAUAUUAAUGGUCGCGACCACCCGGAUGUACUAACUGGGUACGGCGGCGUGGCGCUGGAGAUCCUGGAGCAAGUGCCGAGUGUGGACGCCGUCCUAGUGCCGGUGGGCACCGGCGGCCUCAUCGCCGCCAUCGCCACCGUCAUCAAACACAUCAAACCUAGCUGCCUAGUUUAUGGUGUUCAGUCAGAAGUAAUGCCCACAUUCUUCGAGUCACUGGAAAAAGGCCAGCCUGUGACCAAACCAAUGCAGAACUCUCUGGCCGACAGUAUUGCGAUGCCUUACGUCGGUGUGAACGCCUUCUACAACGCACUGCCCCUCAUUGACAGAAUGAUAUUGCUAAAAGAAGACUGGAUCGCUCGUGCUAUUUUGUAUAUUGUAGAAAAAGAGCGUUUCGUGAUCGAAGGCGCCGCCGCCUGCGCGGUGGCUCCAAUUCUAAACAGCCUUGUUCCAGAAUUGAAGACUAAAAAUGUGGUGUGCGUCUUCAGCGGCGGCAAUAUUGACGCAACUUUGUUAAACCGUUCUUUAGAACGAGGACUCGCAGCUUCAGGCCGAAUGAUCAAAUUUAAAGUGGGAAUUAGAGCUGAUUCUGCGGCAAUGGCUGAACUCCUUAAACUGAUCUCAGAUAACGGUUACAAUAUAAUACGUCAAUUUAUGGAUCACAUUUGGAUGGAGGAUGAAAUACACUAUGUUGAGACCAAAAUUGUGUGCCAAUCCAGAGAUCUGCAUCAUGCCAUACAACUUAAAAGAAUAAUGGAAAAGGCUUAUCCAAAAACUGCCACUUUUGAGACUGAAUACCUUAAUGACAAACACAUGUGUGCCUGUUACAUCAAGAGUAAAUAAUAAUUUGGAUUUUAAUUACUUAUCAAAUAUAUGGAAUAAUAAAUCAUUUAUUUUUAAAUA